CGCCUCAAGUUCUCGCGAGAUUUCCGGGAGGCCGCGGCGGCGGCGGGAUGGGAGCGCCGAGAUGCCCCGGCACUGCUCCGCCGCCGGCUGCUGCACCCGCGACACCCGCGACACGCGCGGCAGAGGCAUCUCCUUCCACCGGCUGCCGCGCCGUGACGACCCGCGCCGCGCGCAGUGGUUGGAGAACAGCCGGCGGCGGGACCCGGCCGGGGGGGGGCGCUGGGACCCCAGCUCCAAAUACAUCUACUUCUGCUCGCAGCACUUCGAGCAGUCCUGCUUCGAGCUCGUGGGGUACAGUGGCUAUCACCGCCUGAAGGAGGGCGCCGUGCCCACCGUGUUCGCCCCCGGCCCCUCGCGGCCCCCCCGGCCCCCCAAGUCCCCCAAGCCCCCCCCGGAGCGCGAACCCCCGAGACCCCCGCGGGGCGCCCGCAGGUGGAGACGGGACCCCCCCCCAGCCCCGCCGCCCCCCCCGGUCCCCUCGGACGUCUCCUGCUUCCCGCGGGACUCCAAAGACCCCGGCCCGCCCCCGGCCGGCGACCACGGCGGGGUCCCGGCGCUGCCCGGCCCCUCGGGCUCCAUCCCAGAGACCCUCCUGGUGGCCACGGGCGACGGAGCGGCCGCCACCACGCCGGCCCCUGCCAGGGGCGCCCCGACCCCCGCGGGACCCCGGCGCGCCGCCGCACCCCCGUCCCCGUCGCUGUUCAUGCUGCGGCUGCCGCCCCGCGCCGGCUCGUACAUCCAGAGCGAGCACAGCUACCAGGUGGGCAGCGCCCUGCUCUGGAAGCGCCGCGACGAGGCCGCGCUGGACGCGCUGGACAAAGCCCAGAGGCAGCUCCAGGCCGGGAAACGCCGCGAGCACCGGCUGAGGCUGCGCCUGGCGGAGCUGCAGAGGGAGCGCAGGGCCGGCCCCGAGCCGCGGAGGAGCUCCAAGGAGCGCCUGGAGGUGAUCGGGGAUGGAGGAGGAGGAGGUUUGUAAAUAAAGGAUUUUACUCUGAGGGUGCGGCUGGUGGAGCUCCAGGGGGAGGGGAGAGCGGAGGAGCUCCAAGGAGCGCCCGGAGCUGCAGCUCCAGAGG